CCUAUGAGUGCGAUGCGGGUCCGGCCCGAGGCCGAUGCGGGUGUGUUGUCAGUUGGAGACUGUGGCGUGGGGAGGGGGGACGGUGAAGGGAGAGGAUGAAGAACGGGACCGCGAGCGGUACCGGCGGGUACAGACGAGAUAUUGUGCAUCAUUUGUAAAUGGAAACUGAAUGCAUUUAUUGGAAAGUGAAACUGCAUGUUGGCAAUUUUCAACAAAGAACGGCAGAAGUCCUAGUGGGGAAUACUGUGUUUGGUCCUUAAUGUGAUAAACCCCUGCUUGCCAGUGCCAAGAAGAAUGGGCCAGGAAAGAGGAAAAUAUGACUUUUAUGUUGGCUUGGCAUUAGCUAUUAGCUCCAGCAUAUUUAUUGGAGGGAGUUUCAUCUUGAAAAAGAAAGGUCUCCUUCGACUGGCCAAAAAAGGGUCAAUGCGAGCAGGUCAGGGAGGACAUGCAUAUCUCAAAGAGUGGCUAUGGUGGGCUGGACUGUUGUCAAUGGGUGCUGGAGAAGCUGCUAACUUUGCUGCAUAUGCCUUUGCUCCAGCAACGUUAGUGACACCAUUGGGAGCUCUUAGUGUUCUCGUAAGUGCUGUCUUGUCGUCAUACUUUCUGAAUGAGAGACUUAACCUCCAUGGCAAGCUUGGUUGUUUUCUAAGUAUUGUUGGUUCUACUGUUAUGGUAAUACAUGCUCCACAAGAGGAAGAGGUGGAAACUAUUCAGGAGAUGGCCAUUAAACUUAAAGAUCCAGGUUUUGUGGUGUUUGCAACUUUUGUCAUCACUGUUUCCCUGAUUCUUAUUUUUGUUGUUGGACCUCGUCAUGGGCAGACUAAUAUCCUGGUUUACAUAACCAUCUGUUCAGUAAUCGGCGCACUCUCUGUUUCCUGUGUGAAGGGCCUCGGUAUUGCUAUUAAGGAACUGUUUGCUGGGAAACCUGUACUUACCUACUCAUUGUCAUGGAUCCUUUUGCUGAGCCUUAUAGCUUGUGUAAGCACUCAAAUUAACUACUUGAACAAGGCAUUGGAUAUUUUCAACACUUCCUUGGUGACUCCCAUUUAUUAUGUAUUCUUCACUACAUCUGUUUUGACAUGUUCUGCUAUUCUUUUUAAAGAGUGGUAUCAUAUGGAAAAUGAUGACAUCAUUGGCACACUGAGUGGCUUCUUCACCAUUAUAGUUGGCAUCUUUUUGUUGCAUGCCUUUAAAGAUAUCAACUUAACAUUGGCAACUUUGCCAGUGUUCAUGAGAAAGGAGGAGAAGGGAUUCGCAGCGAAUGGGAGUGUACAUUAUGAGCGAUUAGACCACAGUGUGGAAAAUGAUAGCUGUGCUGAGAGUUCGGACAUACACUCCUCAGAUACAGUUUCCUCCAGAAGAAAUGGAAAUAUGAUCACCAUGUGAGAACUGGAAAACAAAAUGUUAACAGAUAAAGGAAAAGCACUGCCCUGUCUAUAGUAACUCUGCUGUCAUAGUUACCAGAAUUGAGCUGCUUGUAAAAGGUCAUCUGUGUUGGUGACUUCACUUAUUGUAAAGGACUGUCUCUAGGGACAAUCAUUUUUCCAUCAGUGUGAUUGGGAUGGACCAAGGGUUAUUAAAUUACAUUUUUAUUUGC